AUGACUAUGUCUCAGUUGCUGGAUUAUGUGGCAAUUUUCUUUUUCUGUGUCUUAAAAGCCAGCUCUCUGGAUACGUUUACUGCAGCUGUUUAUGAGCAUGCCGUGAUAUUGCCUAAUGCCACCCUGACACCAGUGUCCCACGAAGAGGCCUUGCUAUUAAUGAACCAAAAUCUGGAUCUUUUGGAGGCAGCAAUCACAUCAGCAUCAAAGCAGGGUGCACACAUUAUUGUGACUCCAGAAGAUGGUAUUUACGGCUUUAACUUCAACAGGGAAUCUAUCUACCCAUACUUGGAGGAUAUCCCAGACCCUCAAGUGAACUGGAUCCCUUGUAAUAAUCCCGACAGAUUUGGCCGCACCCCAGUGCAAGAAAGGCUCAGCUGUCUGGCCAAGGACAACUCCAUCUACAUCGUGGCAAAUAUUGGGGACAAGAAGCCAUGCAAUACCAGUGACCCUCACUGUCCCCCUGAUGGUCGUUACCAAUACAACACUGAUGUGGUGUUUGAUUCUGAGGGGAAACUGGUGGCCCGCUACCAUAAGCAAAAUCUUUUCUUGGGUGAAGAUCAGUUCAAUGCACCCAAAGAACCUGAGGUCGUGACUUUCAACACCACCUUUGGAAAGUUUGGCAUUUUCACGUGCUUUGAUAUUCUCUUCCAUGAUCCUGCCGUGACUCUGGUGAAAGAUUUCCACGUGGACACCAUACUCUUCCCGACAGCUUGGAUGAAUGUUUUGCCGCAUUUGUCAGCUAUUGAAUUCCACUCAGCUUGGGCUAUGGGCAUGGGAGUCAACUUCCUUGCAUCCAAUCUACAUUACCCCUCAAAGAAAAUGACAGGAAGUGGCAUCUACGCACCUGAUUCUCCAAGAGCAUUUCAUUAUGAUAUGAAGACAGAGGAGGGAAAACUCCUCCUCUCACAACUGGCCUCCCACCCACAUUCCCCAGCAGUAGUGAAUUGGACUUCUUAUGCCAGUGGUAUAGAAGCCCCCUCAAUGGGAAACCAGGAAUUUAAGGGCAUCAUCUUUUUUGACGAGUUCACCUUCUUGGAGCUCAAAGAAGUCACAGGAAAUUACACAGUUUGUCAGAAAGAUCUCUGCUGUCAUCUAAGUUACAAGAUGUUUGAGAAGAGAUCAGAUGAAGUUUAUGUACUAGGGGCAUUUGAUGGACUACAUACUGUGGAAGGGACCUAUUAUUUACAGAUUUGUACUCUGUUGAAGUGUAAAACAACGGACUUACACACUUGUGGUGAUUCAGUUGAAACGGCUUCCACCAGGUUUGAAAUGUUCUCCCUCAGUGGCACUUUUGAAACCCAGUAUGUCUUCCCUGAGGUGCUGCUGAGUGAAAUUCAACUUGCACCUGGAGAGUUCCAGGUGUCAAGUGACGGACGCUUGUGCAGCCAGAAGCCACUAUCUGGACCUAUCUUGACAGUAACUCUGUUUGGAAGGUUAUAUAAGAAGGAUAAUGGGAACAUAUGUAUUGCACCAAGUGCUUUCUCAGACCUCAUGGCACAGGCACUGAGAGUAAUGCACAUAGUUGCCAGACCUAUUGUGUACUCAUUAAGUUGGUAG